AUGGAUGUUGUGCUGAAGUUGUGUAAGACUUUGGUACAUUUGAGAGUUCACACUGGAGAAAAGCCGUUCACCUGCUCAGACUGUGGGAAGGGAUUCACUCAGGCAUCUCACCUAUUGACACACCAGUCAGUUCACACUGGGGAGAGGCCAUUCACCUGCUCAGUUUGUGGGAAGACAUUCACUCAGUCAUCCAACCUACAGAGUCACCAACGAGUUCACACUGGGGAGAAGCCGUUCACCUGCUCAUACUGUGGGAAGGGAUUCACUCAAUCAUCUCACCUGAAGCUACAUCAGAGAGUUCACACCGGGGAGAGGCCAUUCACCUGCUCAGAAUGUGGGAAAGGAUUCACUCAGUCAUCCAAACUACUGGCACAUCAGUCAGUUCACACUGGGGAGUGGCCAUUCACCUGCUCUUACUGUGGAAAGGGAUUCACUCGAUCCUCCGAACUGCUGGUACACCAGUCAGUUCACACUGGGGAGAGGCCGUUCACCUGCUCAGACUGUGGGAAGGGAUUCACUCAGGCAUCUAACCUAUUGAGACACCAAUCAGUUCACACUGGAGAGAGGCUGUUUAAAUGCUCAGACUGUGGGAAGGGAUUCGCUCAGUCAUCUCAACUGAAGAUACACCAGCGAGUUCACACUGGGGAGAGGCCGUUCACCUGCUCAGACUGUGGGAAGACAUUUACUCAAUCAUCCCACCUACAGAGUCACCAACGAGUUCACACUGGGGAGAGGCCAUUCACCUGCUCAGAUUGUGGAAAGGGAUUCACUCGAUCAUCCACCCUAUUGACACACCAGUCAGUUCACAGUGAGGAGAGGCCGUUCAGUUGCUUAGAAUGUGGGAAGGCAUUCACACGAUCAUCUCAUCUACUGAAACACCAGCGAGUUCACACUGGGGAGAGGCCAUACACCUGCUCAGUCUGUGGGAAGAGAUUCACUCAGUCAUCCAACCUACAGAGUCACCAGCGAGAUCACACUGGGGAGAGGCCAUUCACCUGCUCAGAUUGUGGAAAGGGAUUCACUCGAUCAUCCACCCUAUUGGCGCACCAGUCAAUUCACACUGGGGAAAGGACAUUCAGCUGCUCAGAAUGUGGGAAGGCAUUCACACGAUCAUCUCAUCUACUGAAACACCAGCGAGUUCACACUGGUUAGAGGCUGAUCACCUGCUCAGACAUUGGCAAGAGGUUACAUAGAAUAGUACAGCACAUUACAGGCCCUUCGGCCCACAAUGUUGUGCCUACCAUCAAACCCUGCCUCCCAUAUAAACCCCCCCCCCCACCUUAAAUUCCUCCAUAUACCUGUCUAGUAGUCUCUUAAACUUCACUAGUGUAUCUGCCUCCACCACAGACUCAGGCAGUGCAUUUCACGCACCAACCACUCUCUGAGUGAAAAACCUUCCUCUAAUAUCCCCCUUGAACUUCCCUCCCCUUAACUUAAAGCCAUGUCCUCUUGUUCUUCCUGGGGAAGAAGCGCUGGCUGUCCACUCUGUCUAUUCCUCUUAAUAUCUUGUACACCUCUAUCAUGUCUCCUCUCAUCCUCCUUCUCUCCAAAGAGUAAAGCCCUAGCUCCCUUAAUCUCUGAUCAUAAUCCAUACUCUCUAAACCAGGCAGCAUCCUGGUAAAUCUCCUCUGUACCCUUUCCAAUGCUUCCACAUCCUUCCUAUACUGAGGCGACCAGAAAUGGACACAGUACUCCAAGUGUGGCCUAACUAGAGUUUUAUAGAGCUGCAUCAUUACAUCGCAUCUCUUAAACUCUAUCCCUCAACUUAUGAAAGCUAACACCCCAUAAGCUUUCUUAACUACCCUAUCUACCUGUGAGGCAACUUUCAGGGAUCUGUGGACAUGUACCCCCAGAUCCCUCUGCUCCUCCACACUACCAAGUAUCCUGCCAUUUACUUUGUACUCUGCCUUGGACUUUGUCUUUCCAAAGUGUACCACCUCACACUUCUCUGGGUUGAACUCCAUCUGCUACUUCUCAGCCCACUUCUGCAUCCUAUCAAUGUCUCUCUGCAACCUUCAACAAUCCUCUACACUAUCUGCAACACCACCAACCUUUGUGUCGUCUGCAAACUUGCCAACCCACCCUUCUACCCCACAUCCAGGUCAUUAAUAAAAAUCACAAGAAGUAGAGGCCCCAGAACAGAUCCUUGUGGGACACCACUAGUCGCAACCCUCCAAUCUGAAUGUACUCCCUCCACCAUGACCCUCUGCCUUCUGCAGGCAAGCCAAUUCUGAAUCCACCUGGCCAAACUUCCCUGGAUCCCAUGCCUUCUGACUUUCUGAUAAGCCUACCAUGUGGAACCUUGUCAAAUGCCUAACUAAAAUCUAUGUAGAUCACAUCCACUGCACUACCCUCAUCUAUAUGCCUGGUCACCUCCUCAAAGAACUCUAUCAGGUUUGUUAGACACAAUCUGCCUUUCACAAAGUCAUGCUGACUGUCCCUGAUCAGACCAUGAUUCUCUAAAUGCCCAUAGAUCCUAUCUCUAAGAAUCUUUCCCAACAGCUUUCCCACCACAGACGUAAGGCUCACUGGUCUAUAAUUACCUGGACUAUCCUUACUACCUUUUUUGAACAAGGGGACAACAUUCGCCUCCCUCCAAUCCUCCGGUACCAUUCCUGUGGACAACAAGGACAUAAAGAUCCUAGCCAGAGGUUCAGCAAUCUCUUCCCUAGCCUCAUGGAGCAGCCUGGGGAAUAUUCCGUCAGGCCCCGGGGACUUAUCCGUCCUAAUGUAUUUUAACAACUCCAAUACCUCCUCUCCCUUAAUAUCAACAUGCUCCAGAACAUCAGCCUCACUCAUAUUGUCCUCACCGUCAUCAGGUUCCUUCUCAGUGGUGAAUACCGAAGAGAAGUAUUCAUUGAGGACCUCGCUAACUUCCACAGCCUCCAGGCACAUCUUCCCACUUUUAUCUCUAAUUGGUCCUACCUUCACUCCUGUCAUCCUUUUGUUCUUCACAUAAUUAAAGAAUGCCUUGGGGUUUUCCUUUACCCUACUCGCCAAGGCCUUCUCAUGCCCCCGUCUUGCUCUUCUCAGCCCCUUCUUAAGCUCCUUUCUUGCUACCUUAUAUUCCUCAAUAGACCCAUCUGAUCCUUGCUUCCUAAACCUCAUGUAUGCUGCCUUCUUCCUCCUGACUAGAUUUUCCACUUGUCACCCAUGGUUCCUUCAUCCUACCAUUCUUUAUCUUCCUCUGCGGGAAAAAUUUAUCCCUAACAUCCUGCAAGAGAUCCUUAAACAUUGACCACAUGUCCAUAGUACAUUUCCCUACAAAAACAUCAUCCCAAUUCACACCCGCAAGUUCUAGCCUUAUAGCUUCAUAAUUUGCCCUUCCCCAAUUACAAAUUUUCAUGUCCACUCUGAUUCUAUCCUUUUCCAUGAUAAUGCUAAAGGUCAGGGAGUGGUGAUCACUGUCCCCCAGAUGCUCACCCACUGACAGAUCUGUGACCAGACCCAGUUCAUUACCUAAUACAAGAUCCAGUAUGGCAUUCCCCCUAGUCAGCCUGUCUACAUACUGUGACAGGAAUCCAUCCUGGACACACUUAACAAACUCUGCCCCAUUUAUAACCCUUGGAACUUAUCAAGUGCCAAUCAAUGUUAGGGAAGUUAAAGUCAACCAUGAUAACAACCCUGUUAUUUUUGCAUCUUUCUCUCAGAUGGUUCUCUCAGCCAUCUCCACCAAAUGUGCAUCAUUGAGUUCACACUGGGGAGAUGCUGUUCACCUGUUGUGAAUGUGGGAAGUGAUUCUAACCUUGUGACACACUACUGGGUUCGCACUGGGGAGAAAGUUUCAAUAAGCUGCAUGCUGGAUAUUUGUCUAUCACCAUUGCUGAAUGCAAUUUUGAGUGUGACUGUUGGUGCUGAACUCUACAAUUAUUGCUGCUGCUCAUCACACCCAGUUCUGCAGCCUGGUCACUGGGCAGGGGAGGAGUCUCUUCUGCUGCAUAUUCACCUUUAAUGGGACUGAAGUUUAAUAUUCUGGAUCAGAGACAAAUAAAUCAGUUGUAUUGUAGUUGUAAUAAACCCAGUGUACCCUAGAGUAAGCUGAGGUUGGCUGGACCCUGCCAGUGAUUCUGUUCCAUGACAGUCCAUUUAAAUCCUCCCCUGUUGUUCCCGUCUCGCUGUCCCUGUGGUGAUGGGUUCCAAACAGUCACCACUGUGGGUGAAGAGGUUUCCCUUGAGUUUUCUGCAGAUUGAAGAAGACAAGCUGACUGCAGUUCUGUCUGACAUGUUCUUCGCCCCUCAAAUCUCUCGGCUGAGGAAGAACGACAUUGGUAGUUAACCUCCUUAUUGCCUGCUCAUUUCCACAUUAUGGGUCAUUUUUCCUGCUUCUAAAGGGUUGUUGAAAACACCACUGUCUUCUAAAGACUGAAAGCAGAAUGGGAAACCAUUAGUUUGAUGUUCAUCGGAGCAAGGUCAAAAAGGCAGGUCUGCACAGGGCAGAGUUUGGGGCUCUGGACAAUGGUCGGGGUAAGAACGUAUGAUGAGGAGAAGGGAAUCAGCAAUGGGGCAUGGCAACGAAUAACAGAGUAGCAACAUUUGGAAGCUGAUUGACAGAGAAAAUAAUUCGGUUGUCAGACUGAUGACACAAACAAUGCCUGUGGUGAGGUGCUCCAUUGGUCAAGGAAUGUGUGUGUUGGGAUGGUUAUAUCUAUUGAGAGAGCUGUUUCUGCUUGUUUAUCCUGUAAUAUUUUAUCCAGAUGGUUAUUAUGGAUUGUCCUAUCUGAAAUAAUGUAUUUAUUAUGAUGUGAUUUGUAAGAUUUUGACUCUAAAAGUGGAUCAGGCUUGAGUUUAUGGUGUCUUUAUGAAGUGAUGGAGGGCAUUCAUGAGUUUGUAUUUUAAAGCAAGAUUUUGGUGAAUGAUAUUUGUCACAUGAUCAUACCUGCAUAAUUGAUCGGAUUGAGUUAAACUGCUGCAGGAUCCCGGAAUGUGUUGGAUUGUGUCUGGUUUAUCUUGGCAUUUUCUGCAUUUAUUGCCUGAUUUGUUUGUCUUUUAUGUCAUUUUGAUUUUUUAAAAUGUCAACCACCUUGUCCUGUAUUUCCACAAGGAACCCCUGUUGAUGGGAAGAGGUCUCCAACUUUGAGUCAAGCACUCAAUGCUUCCUUCUCACCAUCUCGUUUUGCUCCGAUCAUUGGGAUGUCUCCCAUGGAAGGUCAUACUCAUUCCACAGACAGCUGGGUGUCGAGAGUUCUGAUGAAGGGUCUGGGCCCAAAACGUUGAUUCUCAUCCAUAGAUGCUGCCUGACGUGCUGAGCUCCUCCAGCACAUUGUGUGAGUUGCUUCAGACUUCCAGCAUCUGCAGUAUCUCAUGUCCCAGAUACUUAUAUGUUUAUUGGAAGGACACGCAGGUAGGGAGAGAGGGUGGUGUGGCUCUGUUGGUAAAAAAUAAAAUCAAAGUUGACAUACGAUUGGCAGGCAUUGCCGUAAGCAGCCAUUGUGGGUAGCACUAAGGAACAGCAAUGGUGAAAAGACCCAGAUGGGAGUUUUCUGGAGAUUUCCAAACAGUAGUAUGUAUACUAUGCACAAAUUACAACGGGAGAAAGAAAAUGCAUGCAUACAAUAGUCAUGAGAGAUAGUCAUGCAGAUACAUUGGGAAAAUCAGGUAGGUGCAGGAUCACAAGAGGGGGAUUUCCACAAGAUGGCUUUUUAGAGUAGCUGCUGGUUGAGCCCAGCUGGGGAUCAGCUAUUCUCGAUUGGGUGUUGUGCAGUGAACAGGAAGUAAUUAGAGCACUUAAAGAACCCAGAGGGGGAAGCGAUCUUAAAAUAUUGGAAUUCAUCCUGAAAUGUGAAAAGGAGAAGCUGAAGUGAGAUGUAUCAGUAUAACCGUAGAAUAAAGAGAAUUACAGAGAGAAGAAUUGGCCAAAAAUAUUUAGAAAAGAACACUAGAUGGAAUUUCUGGAUGCAAUUCAGAAGGCACACAAUAAACCAUAUGUACCAAAGAGGAAUAAGUAUUCUAAAGACAGGAUGAUACAAGUAUAGCUAAUGAGAAGGCAAAGCCAACAUAAAAGCCAAAGAGAGGGCAUAUAACAGAUCAAGCAAUGGUGGGAAGUUCGGGGAUUAGGAAGCUUUUAACAAGCAACAAAAGGAAACUAAGAAUGUAAUUAAGAAGGGAAAUAUGGAAUGUGAAGUUAAGCUAGCCAGUAACAUUAAAGAGGAUACCAAAUGUUUCUUCCGAUACAUAUGGUGUAGUGGAGUGGCAAGAGUGGAUAUCGGACCAUAGAAAUCCGAUGCUGGAGGGGUAGUAAUGGGGGACAAGGAGCUGGCGGAUGAACUGAAUAAGUAUUCUGCAUCAGUCUUCAGUAUAGAAAACACUAGCAGUGGAAGUUCAGAUGUCAGUGGUCAGAAUGUGUAAAGUUACAUUACUCGGGAGAAGGUUCUUGGGAAACAGAAAAGUCUGAAGGUAGAUACGUCACCUGGACCAGAUGGUGUACACACCAGAGAUCUGAAAGAGGUGGCUGAGGAGACUGGAGAGGGAUUAGUACUGAUGCUUCAAGAAUCAAUGGAUUCUGGUAUGGUUCUGGAAGUCUGGAAAUUUGAAAAUAUCACUCUACUCUUCAAGAAGGGAAAGAGGUGGAAGAACUGAAAUUUUAGGCCAUUUUGUCUGACUCCACUGAUUGGGAAGAUUCUUGAAUAUAUUGGAAAGUUGUUGGGGAUGUGUUUUCAGGGUAUUUCGAGGCACAUGAUAAAACCAGCCAUUCUCAGCAUGUUGCCUUCAAGGGAAAAUCUUGUCUGACAAGUAUGUUGAAAUUCUUUGAAUUCAUUGAGGAAGUAACAAGUAAGAUAGACAGAGGAGAAUUGGCUGAUGAUGCGCUUUCAGAACUGGAUUUUCGGAAGGUCCUUGACAAGGUGCCUCCCAUUGGUCUGCUUAACAAGUUAUGACAAGAAAUUACAGGAAAGAUUCUUGAAUGGAUUGUGCAGUGGCUGAUUGGCACGAGGCAAAGAAUAGUAAUAAGGGGAACCUUUUCUGGUUUGCUGCCAGUGACUUGUGUUCCACAGGGAUCUGUGUUGGGACUGAUUCUUUUUAUGUUAUAUGGUAAUGAGUUAGAUGGCAGAAUUGAUGGCUGUGUUGCAACGUUUGCCGAUGAUACCAAGAUAGCUGGAGGGACAGGUAGUUUUGAGGAAGUAGAGAGGCUACAAAAGGACUUCGACAGAUGAGGAAUGUGCAAAGAAAUAGUAGAUGGAAUACAGUGUAGGGAACUAUAGUCAUGUACUUUGGAGAAAGAAAUAAAAGUGGCAGAUGAAAUACAGUGUAGCGACUGCAGGUCUGCAGUCAGGUACUCGGGUUCCCUUAGCAUAAUGUUGCACGGACAUUAUUAGCAAAACACUCUGAUACAAUAUGGGUUUCAUUUUGUUGCAGACAAAAAUGCCAUUUUGGACCUACAAGUACAUUUCCAUGGUGACAGAGAAAUGCUCAAACACCCUUCACCAUCUCUGAGAACCUUCUGAACCCUGAGAACCCUUCUGAACCCUACAUCACUCCCCAUUUCUGUAAACCCCUCCGAACCCUACAGCACUCGCCAGCUCUGCAAAACCCUCCAUCAUCCACACUGGUGGAUUCAGCUGACCCGAGAAAGACACUGCCCGUGGCAGAUUGCAGGGCUCAUAAAACACCCUCAUGCUUUUUGUUUAUAAAUCUACUGAUUUGCAUGGAUAUCUUGACUAAACCUCCUCCCACCUUGUCUCCUGUAAAAGAAAACUAUUUCUUUUUCUCAGUUCCUUCGUUUCUGCCACAUUUGUUGACAGGAUGAGGUUUUCCUUUCCAAAUCGUCAGAGUUGUCAUCCUCCUUCAAAGAAUGCAGUUUCCCUUCCACCACCAUUGAUGCUGAUCUCACACCCAAUUGUUUUAUUUCCUGAAAAUCCGCCUUCACUCUGUAUUCCAGUCACCUCCACAGAUCUCCAAACAUCAAACAUAUGUUGUUCUACCAGCCGCCCCAACCCUCUGUUUUCCAUCCGGAUUUCCUUGUCCACUCAUCUCUCCCCUCUAAUCUAUUUCCUGAAACGUAUCCUUGCAAAGCGAGGGAAGUGUACACAUUCUUAUUUACCUUCUCCCUCGGCACCAUUCAGGAUCACAAGCAGUCUGUCCAGGUGAGGCAACACUUCACCUGCGGUUCUGUUGGUUCAUCUACUGUAUCCAGCGCUCCCAAUGCGGCCUUCUGUAUCUCAGUGAGACGUGAUGUCGAGUGGAAAACCUCCUUAUUGAGUACAUUUGUUCCAUCCGUAAUAAAGCGUAUUUCCUGGUGGCCAA